AAGCUCCAACCCUCCACCACCACGCUGCUCCCUCAAGUCCCGACCGCGAGCGGUGAGCUCGCGCCGGCCGAGAUUCGUCUCUUUGCCUGGAUGACAUUUUGUUCUCUCAAGUAGCUGCUUCUUGGUUUGUGCUGGUGGCAGACAUUGGAGAGAAAAAGUCGGAGUGUUGGGGCCUCCUCGCCCACAAACCUUGUCUUUACGCUGCGCCUCCGUGGCCAUGGAUUGAUUGGUGUUUUUUUCACUUCGACCUCUGCCUCGACCAAGUUGAGAAAAGAGUGUAUUUAACCUGCGGCUCUCUCUUUUAAGCUACAUGUUCCAUCCGGGCUGUUUUUGAAGUACCUGGCACCGGAUGAGUCUUCGCUGGUUGGCUCUUUGAACUUUUUUCCUUGCGCAUUUUUCCAACACCAACUGGGGAUUUUUGUGUAAGGAUUAAACGUCGGGAUUCGUGAAGCCUGCAAAGAUUUAUUUGUGAAAAGUGAUGGCUGAGCGGGGAGCUCUGGGGCUCCUCUCGCUCCUCUCCUGUCUCACCUUUCUGUGCACGGCUGCAAAGCACGUCGACAAAGCAUCUGCACCGCAGCCUUUCAGCCCCUUCUGGUUCACCGUGGAGCCCCAAGACACAGUGGCAAUUCGAGGCAACUCUGCACUGCUCAACUGUUCAGUGCACAGCGAUGCAGCCACCCCAGCUCGCAUAGAGUGGAAGAAAGACGGCACCUUCAUGAGUCUAGUUUCAGAUGAGAGACGGCGUAUCCUUCCCGACGGCUCCCUGCUCUUCACCCAUGUGGUUCACUCAAAGCACAACAAACCCGAUGAGGGCACCUACCAGUGUGUUGCCACCAUCGAAAGCCUGGGGUCCAUUUCUAGUCGUACGGCACGCCUCUUUGUUGCAGGAAUGCCGAGGUUUGUCAGCCAGCCAGCACCUUCCACUGUGCGUCUCGGUGACAGUCAGGUCAUGGCGUGUGAGAUCAACUCAGACCUUUUGCCCUUCACGCGGUGGGAGAAAGACCGUCAGCCCCUGGAGCUCAACUCAAGGCUAGUGCAGUUACCCAGUGGUGCCUUGGUGAUCAGCAAUGCCACUGAGAAUGAUGCUGGUCUAUACCGCUGCUUGGUGGAGAAUGUGGGUUCGUCAAAGUCCAGUGAGGAGGCACAGCUCCAGAUGCUGCCAGAAACCGGAGAAGAGAGGAAGUUGGAGUUCCUUAUGCAGCCUGCGUCUGUGACCAAGGUGCUGGGUGCCAGCAUCCUGCUCCCCUGUGUGGCCACGGGUUUUCCAACACCACAUGUUCGAUGGAUGUUUAAAGACAAGCUGCUACAGGAAAGUGAGGGCCGUGUGGAAUUACUCGGAGGUGGAAGUCUUCAGAUUUUCAAUCUUUCUCAAGACGACAGUGGCAUCUACACCUGUGUUGCUGACAGCACCAAUGCAACCAUCGAAGCCCAGGCCCAACUCAUUGUGCAAGUUCCACCCCAGUAUGUGAAGCGACCGAGCAACAUUUACGCCCAUGAGUCCAUGGACAUCGUGUUUGAGUGUGAAGUCACAGGUUCCCCCGCCCCCACUGUUAAAUGGGUGAAGAAUGGAGAUGCUGUCAUCCCAAGCGACUACUUCAAAAUAAUUAAGGAGCACAACCUUCAGGUUCUGGGCCUGGUCAAGUCUGAUGAGGGUUUCUACCAGUGCCUUGCAGAAAAUGAUGCAGGAAACAUUCAAUCCAGCGCACAACUCAUCAUCUUGGAUCACGACGAAGCCCUGCCCCCUCUUCCUCCCCCCUCACUGACUCCUAACACUACUGACCAUGUAACGCCAGGCUCCGGAGGUACAGCAGGUCAAGCAGGGCCCACUCCCUCCGCCCCCCGUGAUGUCGUGGCUUCGCUGGUUUCUACUCGCUUCAUCAAGCUUACCUGGCGCCCGCCGGCUGAACCGCAUGGAGACGAGCUAACCUACUCUGUUUUCUACAGCCAGGAAGGCACGAGCAGGGAACGAGUUGUAAAUACAAGCCGACCAGGGGAGUUGCAGGUCACCAUCCAGAACCUAAUGCCAGACACCAAAUACCGCUUCAGGGUUGUGGCCCACAACGUUAAUGGCCAGGGAGAAAGCUCUGCAGGGCUAAAGGUGGCCACCCAGGCUGAAGUCCAAGUGCCCGGCCCGGCCCCAAACCUGCUGGCGGCAUCGAAUACACCAACAUCCGUCACUCUGAGUUGGGAUAAACCCCUCACGGGAAAUGGAGAGAUCCUCACCUACAAGUUGUACUACACAGACAAAAGCAUUGGCAAUGAACAGGAUGUUGAUGUUGACGGUCAGUCAUACACCAUGACCGGGUUGAAAAAGAACACACAGUACAGUUUCCGUGUGGUGGCCAACAACAAGCACGGUCCAGGUGUUUCCACUGAUGACAUCACAGUCCGCACGCUGUCUGAUGUGCCAAGUGCCCCUCCUCAAAAUUUCACUCUGGAGGUUCAGAACUCAAAGAGCAUCAUGCUUCGGUGGCAGCCCCCGCCUUCAAAUUCCCAGAAUGGGGAAAUCACCGGCUACAAAAUACGAUACCGUAAAGGAUCACGCCGAAGUGAGACAGCAGAAACCACCGGGGGGACCCAGCUUUCCAAGCUCAUUGACGGUCUGGAACGUGGGACAGAGUACUCCUUUCGGGUGUCAGCUAUAACCGUGAACGGUACAGGCCCAGCCACCGACUGGACCGCAGCAGAGACAUUUGAGAGUGAUCUGGAUGAAUCGCGAGUCCCAGACCAGCCCAGUUCACUUCACGUCCGUCCACUGGUCAACAGCAUCGUGGUGAGCUGGACGCCACCAGAGAACCAGGACAUCGUUGUACGUGGGUACACCAUCGGCUACGGCAUUGGCAGCCCUCAUGCUCAGACCAUCAAAGUAGAUUACAAGCAGCGCUACUACACAAUCGAAAACCUCGACCCCAGCUCCCACUAUGUGAUCACACUCAAGGCCUACAACAAUUUGGGUGAGGGGAUUCCUGUGUAUGAGAGCGCCAUCACCAGGCCACAGUCAGACCCCAUAGACCCUGAUGUUGACCUGUACGAACUCUUCCAUGCUCCAUACACCCCAGUACCAGAUCCCACCCCCAUGAUGCCUCCUGUGGGUGUUCAGGCCUCCGUACUGAGCCACGACACCAUCAAGGUGACCUGGGCGGACAACUCACUGCCCAAGAACCAAAAGAUCACAGACAACCGCUACUACACAGUGCGCUGGAAGACCAACAUCCCCGCGAACACUAAAAUGAAGAUGGCCAACACCACUAGCCUGAACCACAUGGUGACUGGACUGAAGGCCAACACGCUCUACGAGUUCUCUGUCAUGGUGACCAAAGGCCGCCGCACUAGCACAUGGAGCAUGACAGCCCAGGGCACCACCUUUGAAACUAUUCCUAGCUCCUCCCCCAAAGAUGUGACAGUGGUGAGCAAAGAGAACAAACCUCGCACCAUCAUCGUCAACUGGCAGCCUCCUUCAGAGGCCAAUGGAAAGAUCACAGGUUACAUCAUCUACUACAGCACAGACGUCAAUGCAGAGGUCCACGACUGGGUUAUCGAACCCGUGAUGGGCAAUCGCCUAACCCACCAGAUUCAGGACCUGACUCUGGACACCACCUACUAUUUCCAGAUCCAAGCUCGAAACUCAAAAGGCACGGGCCCAAUGUCUGAUGCUGUACAGUUUCGAACCCCAAAGACUGAGUCCUCUGACAAAAUGGCUAAUGACCAAGCCUCAAGCCUUCCAUCCAAGCCUGGACCUCCAGGCAACCAACUUCCCUUGGAUCCUGGCUCAGCAGUUGGCAAAUCGGGGAUGGGAAACAGUGAAAAUCACAUCUUGGUCAUUGUCAUCAUCAUCUCAGUGGGCGCGUUCACCAUCAUUGUGGUGGUGGUGGGGGCCUUUCUGUGUACACGACGCACCACAUCCCACCAGAAAAAGAAGCGCGCGGCCUCCAAGUCCUCCAACGGCUCGCACAAAUACAAGGGGAACUCCAAGGAUUUGAAACCGCCUGAUCUUUGGAUUCACCACGAGCGGCUGGAGCUCAAACCGAUGGACAAGUCGCCGGAGCCAAACCCGGUCAUGACCGAGACGCCUAUCCCCCGCACCUCCCAAGACAUUACUCCGGCUGACAGCGGCAUGGACUGCAAUCCCCACCUGCAGCAGCGGCGCAACUCCUAUCGUGGCCAUGAAUCAGAGGACAGCAUGUCUACACUUGCAGGCCGGCGGGGGAUGAGGCCUAAAAUGAUGAUGCCUUUUGAUGCACAGCCACCUCAGCCUGUAAUUAGUGCUCAUCCCAUCCAUUCCCUUGAUAACCAUCAGCACCAUUAUCACAUGGGCAGCCUGGCGUCGCCAACACGCAGCUACCUCUACCACCAAGGCAGCGGGCACCCCCGCCCACAUGCCUGCGCCACCCCCAUUUCCCAUCUAGACAGGGUGGACUCCACAGAAUCAGUGAGGAACACACCUUGUUCUGACCCUCUGCCGCCAGCCGCCUCAUCCUCGCAGGCCUCCUGCCCCUCGGAGAUCCUGGUAGACCCCGAGGGCAGCUACCACGGCUCCACCACCACAGAGGAGGAAUCGUGCUACACCAGCAACCUUCCUCCCCUUCGCUCAGCCCACCCCCACGCUCACGCUCACCCUCUAAAGAGCUUCGCAGUACCUGCCAUCCCAGCUACUAGUCACCCCUCCUUUGAGUCUCCUGCCCUGCCCAGCACGCCCCUGCUAGCUCAGACUGGUCCCCCCACACACCCCCAUGUCGUCAAAACAGCCUCCAUUGGGACUCUAGGAAGGACUCGAACACCAAUGAUCGUCACUGUGCCCAAUGCCCCCGAUGUCCCAGAGACCAGCAAGAUGCUUGAGGAUGUUGAUAGCGUGCUUGCCUCCCUGCCCCCCUGCCCGUCCCCCGCCCCUCGCAGUAACCCUGUUCCUCUCCCUCAGAGCUACGAGCCUGAUGAGUUGACCGAGGAGAUGGCCCACCUGGAGGGCCUCAUGAAGGACCUGAACGCCAUCACCACUGCACCAUGAACACGCACGCACGCAGGCACGCACGCACACACACACACACACACACACACACACACCCCUGUCACCAUACAGGUACAAGCGUGCGUAAGGAAAGUCCAUUCAUAAAAACCCAUCAACCGUGGGAAGCCAGUAGCCCGUGGACACAACAUGACAAAACUUUCUUCCCGGCGUACCUUUCUCAGUCUCAGGAAGGAGAUGGCCAUCAGAGGGACGCAACGUGAGACGCUUGUUUUUAUGAAGAACCAUUCUUGGAGAGCUUUGAAAUAGCUGAACUUUCUCAGUCAAAAUACAAACGUUUGUGUUUGUUUGGUGCCACACCACCACAGUGCACGUCCAUGUGGAAAGUCCAACAACAUGCUGGUAUUGAUGUUGGUUUCUUUGUGUGUAUCUUCUUGGGCAGGUGAUCCUUGCUUUCCAAGCCCACAUGAGUCAUAAAUAGUCCUUUAUGUUUUUAUCCCAUGACUGUGUAUUGUUUUCUAUGUUAUUAUAUACUUUAUUUUUACACACUUAUAAACAUGUACAUAUGUUGUUUUGGGGUUUUUUUAACUGCCUCAUGCUUUUGAGGUCCUCGUGAGGGGGAUCACACAGGAGAGUGGUGGACUUCUUACAGCGAACGGAGUGUUUGAAUGGAUUCUGGCAGUGUGUUGCUUACCAGCGUGUUUGCAGGUGGGAAGGUCUUCAGUGCGUGGGACUGGACCGUGCGUCCUCACAGGCCGCUGUCGGACUCAGGGUGCUAACCCCCCUUCCUUCUUCUACACCCUCCCAUCGCAGUCAAACAAUCGCCUACAACACACAAGAGUUGUCUUUUCUACAAAAGUUUGAAUGUGUGCAUUCUUUCCAAAAAUUAAAAAAAAACACAAUACGUGGAGUUUACACGACUUCCUGCAGUUCCUCGAAUGCAGCGUCACAUCAUAGGAUGCAAAUAUGUUGGUCUUUGUGUGCAUCAGGGGUGUCCAAAGUGCAUUUUUAGCAGCCCGCAACUCCUUUUUUUUUUUUUUUUUUUUUUGCCCAUUCAAAUUUUUUGAUAUUACACAAAUUUGCUUUGCCAUCUAAAACAAAAAGUAUUUUGCAUCUGUAAUACACAAAAUGUGUGUAAAGUGGUCGCAUGCAUCCUUCAUUUUUUCUGUAAGCGGCCUUCGUUGGAUAUUUUGAACAGCCCUGAUGUACUCUUUUUUUUUUUGUUUGAGGCAAAGAAAACCCUUCCAGGAACUUCAUGUCAAGGCUGGUUCUCCAUCCCCUGCUACCCAAAGAAAUGACUCAUUUACAAAAUUGUACUUUGGUGAUGUCUCUCAUAAAUGUCCAUGGUCAUGAAUGUCAAUAGAAGUGGAAGAGAUUUGAAGUAUGGAUACAUUUUUGGGGGUGUGGUAGGAUUGGUUAAAAAAAAAAGCACCAGACUCCAUUUGGGAAAGAAUCUAUUGAGUUGUAAACAGUUCAACCUGUAUUGCACUUUUUCACAAUUUUUGAAAAGUACAUUUCUUACAUAUCUUGUGUUUUGAAUAUCAAAUGCUGUUUGUGUAAUGUAGUGUCCUAGGUAAGCAGCAGGCAGCUGGUCUUGUUUUGUUUCGUUUUUUUGUUUGUUUGUUUUUGUUUCUGCUCCAGAGAUAUGAAUUUUAGCAGACAUGCUCAUGAUGAGGAAUUCUGUUGUUGCUUGUUCAUGUACAGAACUUCCUUUGCUUUCUGUAGGAAAACAAACAAAUCUGUGUCUUUUUAAGAAAACGAUGAAAACAUGUUUGGGGAAAAAAGGUGUUUUUUUAUUGAUGUAUACAAACUAUUAUGAAUACUAACAAAAUAAACGUUUCUGAUCGUUUUCUUUCAUUACAUAUACAAGAAGAUGAAGCAGGCAAAAGGUUGUCUUGUACGUGAUUACACUCUACAGCCUCGUGGUGCAUCACGCAUGCUUCAGCUAUUACACCUUUUCUACCGGAUCCCAUUAGUGUGCACGUGUACCUAAUGCUGUGUCUGCUUUAAACUUUAAAACAAAACAAAAAAAUAAGAACUUCGAAAAAAAAAUAGCUGCAAUUUUAAGAGAAUAAAGUAAAAAUAUUAGGAUAAGCUGAUAACAGAAGAAAAAUGUCAUCUUUGAGGAGGAAGUAUUCCAAUAAUGAAAGUCGUCAUGUGAGGGGUAAACGGUUAUUUUAGAAGCAUAAAGUUGAAGUGUUAAAAAAAAGAUGUUCAGUUUUAAAGUAAUAUUUAUUUUAAAAAGUUUUUAAAAAAAAAUUAGGAAGUUGUAAUUCUACAAGAAUAACAUCAAUAUGUUAAAAUCAUAAUCACAGAAAAGUAAAAAGAAAAAACACCCAUCAAAAUAAAAAGUACCAUUUUAGCAAAUAGCGUAUUUUUACAAUAAUAAAGUUUUAAUAUGAUGGGCGGGAAAAAAAAUAUUUUAGAGCAUGAAGUUGAAAGAUUAAAGAAAAACGUUAUGAUGUUUUAAUUUUAAAGUUACAAUAUCAGAAAAAAAAACCUUCAAGAUGGGGGGGAAGUUACAUUUAGGGAAUAAAGUCAAAAUAUGGGAAUGAAGUUAUAUGGAGAGAAAAAAUGAAGAACUAUUUGUAAAAUUAAAAAAAAUCUACAUAACAUAAGAAAAAAGUUUUGUGAAAACAACUUUUUACCAGAUUAAAGUAAUGUGAAGGGGGAAAUUAUUUUUUAAAACAAAGUUGAAAUAUUAAAGAAAAAAAAGACUUAAAGUUGUCAUAUUAUGAGAAACAAAACAGAGAAAUGUUGCAAAAUUAUUAGGUUGAGAAACAGUUGAUAUCACAAGAAUAAAGUCAAAAUAUCAUGGGAAGAAAGUCUUAAUACAUGGUGGAAAUACGCACGAGAACAAAGUUGAAAUAUUUGUCAAUUCUAAAAAAAAAAAAAAGCAAACAGCAGAAAUUAGGAAAAAAGCUGUAAUUUUACAAGAAUAAAGUCAAAAUAUUAGUAGAAUAAGUUGAUAUUAGGAGAAAAUGAUUUUUACAAUAAGUAAUAUGAAGGAGAACAUUUUCAUUUCAAAAACAUAAAGUUGAAAUUUUGAGAUUAAAAUCCAACAAUAUUUUCAGAAUAAAGUCAAAAUAUUAUGCAGUAAAGUAAUUCCAGUCACAGAAAAAAAUGUAAGAGAAGAAAGUUUAAUAUUUGUAAAAUGUAAAAUAAAGCAAACAUUUUAAAAAGCAGUCAUUUUAUUAGAAUAAAGUUAUAACAUAAAGCUAAUUAUUUUUUUAUAAGUCGUAAUGUUAUGAGCGACAAACAAAAGAGAGACAAGUUGCAAUUAUUGGUAAAUAUGUCAUCGUAGUAAUGAUACAACAAUAAAACCAUAAUAUUGAGAAAAACUACACGAAGAAAGUUGAAAUACUUUAAACAUUUUCUUUAAUGCAAAAUGGGGGGGCACUUUACUAGAAUAGUCUAAAUAUUAAGAGAAUAGUCAUAAUAUUAAGAGAAAAAGUCAUAUUUGUAGAAAAUAAAGUCAUAAGAAUCUCUGUGUGGAGUUUGCAUGUUCUCCCCGUGCUUGCGUGGGUUUCCUCCCACAUCCCAAAAACAUGCAUGUUAGGUUAAUUGGCGACUCCACUGUAAAUUGUCCAUAGGUAUGAAUGUGAGUGUGAAAGGUGGUUUGUCUAUAUUUGCCCUGCGAUUGCUGGCGACCAGUCGGGUCCAGGGUGUACCCCGCCUCUCGUCCAAAGUCAGGUGGGUUUGGCUACAGCAUACACACACCCGGGACCCGAGUGAGGACAAGCGGCAUAGAAAAUGAAUGAAUGAAUGUCAUAAGAAAAAAAGUUGUAUUCUUUUUAGUCCAUAA